AUGACCCAGCGGUAUGCCGAUACCAUAGACAAGGCGCGGCUGGAUUCUAUGCCUGAAUCCACUGAAGUCGUUGUUAUGGUAGACAAGGACGAUAAUGAGAUAGGAACAUGUACGAGGAAGGAAAUGCGUCAAUUCAACAAGUGGCACAGAGCUACAAGUACUAUAAUUAUCUCCAACCCAGAUGAACCUACCAUCUAUUAUCAAGUGAGAGAUGAGCAAAAAGACUACUGCCCGGGGUAUUAUGACCUGGGUUUCGGCGGGGUAGUCACGAUUGGGGAAUCCUAUCUUGACUGCGCGCUAAGAGAAACAAGGGAUGAAUCCGGAAUUGAUUUCUCUGAAGGGGACUUGGUAGAAGUUGCCUAUAUCGCUAGGGAUGACGAGCACGUCAGGUGUCACUACAAGGUGUAUGUGGCACUUUACGACGGAAGUAUACCAACCAGUGGAGCCGAGCAAGACGAUGCGAGGUGCAUCAAAACUGCUCUGCUAUCGGACGUGGACAAGCUCAUGCAGCAACACAACUUCACGAAAGCCUGCGAGCUCUUGGUAGGACCUCUCAAGCGUUUCGUCGAGGGGGGAGGGUUAACUAAACUAGCAGAUUCGAGUAAGAGGUAG